GGGAGAGAGAACGUCCUCUAGCUGUGUGCAAGGACACGGUCCUGAACGGUAAAUCCGCUUUACUGCUGUUUCAAGCAUCUUGCGCGACGGGGAAAAGGUUCAACAAUCGAUUUCAGUUUCCGACUUUAGGAUAAGUGCGUGUUUAGCGUUUAUAUACUGAACUGUGAUUACCUGAAUUAAGUUUUGAAACGUCGCCGUGUCACGAAUUUGAAGAAGUUUCCAAAAGUUUUCCAAAACGGCGAACUCCAGUCGGACGACAGGAGAGGAGAUAAUAUGAUUAUUCUAGGAGACCAGCUCCCUCUCCAAUAAGAUAAUGGAGUCUUACACCCGUGGAGGAUGGUGGCGAUGGAAGUUCCGUAACGUCCUGCCAGUUGCCCUGCUGUUGAUGUCCCUGCAAAGACAAGCAGUGUUGAGCUGUAGUAACUCCAACUGCGUUGUGGUGCUCACGGACUCCCAGGGUACAUUCACCUCCCCCUGCUACCCCCAAGAUUACCCCAAUAGUCAGUCCUGCAAGUGGACUCUGCAGGCUCCGGCUGGAUUCAUUGUGCAAAUAACCUUCCUCGACUUUGAGCUCGAGGAGGCCCUUGGGUGCAUCUACGACCGCGUCAUUGUCAACACCGGCAACCAAGAUGUGAAAUUUUGUGGCUUGACAGCCAACGGACUGAUGCUAAACUCCACCGGCAAUGUGAUGGAGAUAUCAUUUAACUCAGACUUUAGCGUCCAAAAGAAAGGAUUCAAUGUCAUGUACAGGCAAGUUGCCGUGGCACUGAGGAACCAGAAGGUCGCAGUGUCCAACAGCGCAAGCAAAGUGGUCCAAGUCUCCAACUCUGUGACCAUACCGACCCUUCAGCAGUUCACUGUGUGCUUCGAGAUAGCCCGGCCCAGCCAAAAGAGCAAGGAGACCAUCUUCUCUUACACCCGGCAAGAGGACAUCAGCGGUGUAGAAGCCCUCAGCUUCGGAAAUGACCAGAAUGGAAUGGCGCUGGUCAUGAGUAACGAGACAUGUCUGAUAGACUCUAUCCUCAACACCUCGGACUUCACUUCCACCAUGAAGCCAUUCUGUCUCACGUGGGCCUCCACCACAGGCAAAGUUACCAUCUACUACAACAGCAACUAUAGGGCAAAGACCUGCUCCAACACGAUUGGGCACUCGGUGGGGGCUGGGGGGCACUUCAGGCUGGGGUCCCAUAGCAGCUUCGAUGGGACCAUCUAUAACUUCCGCCUGUGGGAUUACGCCAUGGGCAUGACACAGCUGGUCGCCCUCACGUGUGACGCCGUCGGCAACGUCAUUGACUGGGACAACAGCUUCUGGGACAUCCCCUCUUCGCUGGCACAGACGGACAGCACACUGAGCUGCAUCUGUUUCCCACUUUGCAUACACUUAACAACAGCUGCUCCAUCUAGUGGUACCUCUGUACCCGUCUAUACAUCACAGACCACCAGCUGUGCCUCUCCUGGACUGGGCUGCCCAGCAACAUUAACUCCCACCAGCUCAUCCAUUGUCACCACUAACAUGAUUGCUACUAAUUCAACAACCAACGUUCUCUCUGCAACCACUUCAUCUGCCACCACUACUAGCAUGCCUCUAACUACCAGCUCAACAACUGUUCAAACCACUACCACAACCACUACUGCAGCUACAACUAAUGUGCAGACAUUACCCAGCACAACCACUGUUACUCAAACCAUUAUCCCAUCUGCAGCAGCCGCUACUAACACAACUCUAUUCUACAGCACAACCAAUGAGGGUCUUUUCUACAGGAUUUCCUUUGUUGUCAAUGACAAGGAGGCCCAAGUAACAGAGUCUGAUGUUGAGAAAACUGUUGCACAAUGGCUCAAUCAAACAUUCCAAAACUGGACACACGUGGUCUAUGUCGAUAAUGUCAGUAUCCAGCCUAACAGUGACUCACAGCUUAAGAGGAGUGUCAGUAAAAAAUACACCUGCCAGGCCCUGCUGGUCUACCAGACCACCACCAAUGUGACCCUGGGAGAAGUAGCCAUCUCCACCAGGAUGGUGGGAAGCGGCCCUAUAAUUGGCAACGGACUGGAGCUAGACACUGUCGCCGUGCAGUCUGUCGAGAACUGCCCGGAGGAAACUCCCCUCCAUUACAUCUGGCCAGAGAGCAGACCAACGGUCACUCAGUAUGUCCCCUGUUUCCCCAACAAAGACCAGAACACAUCCAGAACAUGUGUGAUCAGCCCCCUGAAUUACACAGCAUUUUGGGGCGCCCCAGACCUCAGUAAUUGCACUGAUAUCGAUUCCAUCAAUGUGUCAGCAGAGAAUGCUGCCAAAGUCGCCGACCAGCUUGCUGACAUCACCAACAACGAGCUCUCCACAGACGAGGUGUCCAAGGUGGUGGACAAAGUGAAGGAGCUGGUCAAUGUGGCCAAGAUCAACGCCCCUCUGGCCACCACUGUAUUGAACAUCAUCUCCAACGUGAUGACCAGCUCUGUGUCAGCCCUGGCUGUAGCCUUAAAGAGGACAUUGAUGACGAUGGAUGAGCUGAUUCAGAAGAUAGAGUUUGAUGGGCCUUCAGUGAGCAUCACCUCUAAAAAUCUGGCUCUGGGCAUCUCAGCACUGAACCAUAGCGAGUUCAACGGGACCUCCUUCAGUGCCUUCAUGCAGCCCAACACCACAGACCUCCAGAUUGACUUUGAGUCUAAUCAGCUGAACCCCCUGGCUCAGGUCACACUGCCAGCUACUUUGCUCAAAAACCUAACCCUGACCGACGCUGAGACCGCUGCCAUCUCCAGGAUCAGCUUCAUGUUCUUCAGCAAGACAGGACUAUUCCAGGAUAAACAGGACGGGCUGUCUCUUAACAGCUAUGUUGUGGCCAGCAGUGUGGGCAAUUACUCCAUCAGUAACCUGCAGGAUCCCGUGGAGAUUGAGAUAGUUCACCUGAAUUACCAGCCAAUGCCAAAGCCAACCUGCAUGUUCUGGGAUUUUACCAUAAAAAAUGGUUCAGGUGGCUGGAACAGUAACGGCUGCAGGGUUAGUCCCAUGUCCAAUGGAAACAAGACUAUCUGCCUCUGUGACCAUCUUACACACUUUGGCAUCCUAAUGGAUAUCUCUGGAUCUGCUGCACAGAUUGAUGAGAAAAACACCAAGAUUCUCACCUUCAUCACUUACAUCGGAUGUGGCAUAUCGGCCAUCUUCUCUGCUGUAACGCUUCUGACUUAUAUCGCCUUUGAGAAGUUACGUCGUGACUACCCGUCCAAGAUCCUGAUGAACCUGAGCACGUCGCUGCUCUUCCUCAACAUGGUGUUCCUAUUGGAUGGCUGGCUGGCCUCCUUCGAAAUGGAAGACCUGUGUGUGGCUGUGGCCAUCUUCCUCCACUUCUUCCUGCUCACAUCCUUUACCUGGAUGGGCCUCGAGUCCAUCCACAUGUACAUUGCCCUGGUCAAAGUCUUCAACACCUACAUCCGGAGGUACAUUCUCAAGUUCUGCAUCGUCGGCUGGGGUCUGCCAGCUGCGAUAGUUGCUACAGUGGUAGCUAUUGACAAAAACUCCUAUGGGAAAAGGGAGUAUGGAAAGGGGGAUACUGGACAAGGCUCUUCUGAAUUCUGUUGGAUCCGGAGCAAUUUGGUGUUCUAUGUGACAUGUGUGGGCUACUUCUCUGUCGUCUUCCUCCUGAACGUGGCCAUGUUCAUCGUGGUUAUGAUCCAGAUCUGUGGUCGUAACGGGAAGCGUAGCAACCGCACGCUGCGUGAUGAGGUGCUGAGGAACCUGAGGAGCGUCAUCAGUCUCACCUUCCUCCUGGGCAUGACCUGGGGCUUCGCCUUCUUCGCCUGGGGACCCGUCAACCUGGCCUUCAUGUACCUCUUCUCCAUCUUCAACUCACUGCAAGGUUUAUUCAUAUUCAUAUUCCACUGUGCAUUGAAAGAGAAUGUCCAGAAACAGUGGAGGAGAUACUUGUGUUGUGGCAGAUUCCGCCUGGCAGACAACUCAGACUGGAGCAAGACAGCCACUAACAACACCAAGAAGGUCAGCUCAGACACUGUGGGGAAGUCCCUGUCCUCCAGCUCCUUUGGCUCCAGUACAGCAAACUGGACUUCCAAGGCCAAAGCAACUCUAAAUCCCUUUGCAAAGCGCAACAGUAAUGCAGGUAAAGGUUACUCCAACCAGACCAAUCCUAAAAGUGUCUCCUCAGAUGGCGAGGCCUCCUCCUCCUCCUCCUCUUCCUCCAUCAUCCCCGUGCACCAAGUCAUUGACAAGGUCAAAGGUUACUGCUCGGUGCGCUCCGACAACUUCUACAAGAACAUCAUCAUGUCGGACAGCUUCAGCCACAGCACCAAGUUCUAGACCACCCAGCACUUCUCUUCCUCCUCCUGCUUCUGCUGCUAGCUCCUAACCCCCAGUCCACAGUGUCACCCCAGGGUUGUAGCCUCCAGAGCAGCAUGGCGGUACUGUGUUUACUGUACAAUAUUUGACUUAAUCAGCUGGUCCAGUCAGUGAGAUGUACUGAAAAGGGAAAUGGAGAAAUGCAUAGUUCUGUAGAAAAUGGGAGGGCUAAGCAGAGAAUGGAGUUUGGGAUUUACAUACUGUGACUUUAAUCUUUAACUGGCUAUGUGUUGUGUAAAUAUUGAUGGUAUAUCUAAUACGCCCCCUAUAAUUGAUUCUCAGUUGGUGUUGCACAUGCCUUGGGUUCUCAGUAUGGUCACCUUUCCUGUACAGAAAUAUCAACAAUCUUUACUGUUCUGUUGUCAUUUUGCAAUCUGUAGAACUCCAGUAUGAGCAGCAGGGAAGAUAAAUCAUCAAAUCUGGACCAAAUGUUCAGGCAUAGGCCUAUAUUUCAAACCCAAAGACUGCCAAACAUGAGGGAGUUUUUAAAAGCUGUAGCAUUGUCAAUGUGUGUUCAAAAGGGAACAGGUUGAGGUGUAGUUCUGAUUUUAGUCGUCUAUUUGUGAAUCCUGUGUGUGUGUUUUUUUGCUGGAAAGCAAUGUUAUGUUCCUUUACAGUGCCUUGCAUGAGGAGGUUUUGCAUAAAGUGCUUACUUUUUUCUUGGUUAGCCUAUCAACAUCAUCAUCAAGACAAUGUUUUAUUUGUCAUGUAUAUUUUUUUUAACCUUCAGAUGCUCUACUACUGAAUAACACAUGCAGAAAUGGUGUCUGGCAUUGGUCCAUUCACCACUACUUAAUUAUGGUCACUUCGAUUUAGGACAACCUCUGUGGGUGAUCUGUAUGUCAAGUGUAAUUUAAUCUGACUCUUCUAUGGAUAGAGGUUACCAGAGCCAUGUAUUUGGAAUAAGUAAAUGGCUGUAGAGGUUACAAAACCCGCAGCCAUUAAACCUAGAUUUGGUAAGAUAGUUUCAUAAACAUUCCACAUUUAAUUAUUCCACAAUACAGCAACUCACAACAUACAGUAAUGAUUGAAAAGGGACGACAAACACUGGCAUUAUUUGUUCAUUUAAGUUAAUGCCAACAUUUUUAAAUGGCAAAAUGUUAAUCUGCUCUUUAGUGUUGCCUUAGUUCACUUAAUAUGGUAGUCUUAUUGUCCCACCAAUAGGGGAACUGAAUAUAUUGCAUUAUGUUAAAUGUUGCUGUGUGAGCUAUUGUUGUUUGUGUUUGUGAAGUGAUGGAACAAUGUUGUUUAAAAGUAUCUUUAUAUUUAUUUCUAUAAAGCUUUUUGCAUUUGUUGUUCCUCUUGAAUCCCCAAUGCCAGUUGAUCAGGACUAUGCCCCUGGAUAGAUAAAUAUACUGUUUUUGGAGAGAUGAAGCUUGGUGGGAAAACAAAGCAUUGAUCUUGACCUUGGCAGGCGAACAGGGCCAGUUAUGUUUUGGAGCAGUCAGUGCUCUCAACUGUUCUUUUCCAACAUCAGGAAAAUAAUUUGAGCAUCAAUGAGAAAUUCCCUUAGGGGCCAAAUUUGUAAUGAUAGAAACAUUGCUUCAAGAGGUAAUCUGGUGUUUUAACAGAUUUGGAGUCUUCAAUUCAAGAAUGUGUGGGGAGGGAUUACAGUGGUUUGAGAUAGUAAAAUGGAGUUCUCAUCUUUACAAUGAAUUGGAAAAUGACUGCUGGCAUCAUCUUUAUACAUAUUUGAAUGAGAUAUCCCAAAAUAAAAAUUUCCCAAUAUUCAAAAAGGUAAUUAUCAACCUCUAUCAGGUAAUGUUAUUUGUUAUAGGCUAUUAUUUAGAGGUGCACAUUGUUCUAUCAAUGCAGAGGGAGUCCAGACAUAAUUUUUUCUGAUUCAUUUGUACAUUUCCCUAUUAAUUGAAUAAUGUUUCCAGGACACAGAGCUAGGAAAUUACGAUGGUUAGAUCCAAACCAAUAUUGUACUUAAGAUGUAUCACUCUGAUUUAAUAUGGCUGGUCUGGGUCUGUUCGGAAACAUUCUCCAAACCCUGUUAUUAGUUUUUCCACAACUUUGUCAAUAAUAUAUUUUCUUGAAGCUGUCUCUGUAUGUCUCAACACCAUUGAUGAAUUGUGUUUCACCAAUAAAGGGAAUUAAAAGUA